AGGACUAAAACGACAAUUCACCUAAAAAAAACCGUUCAGAAACGAAACGAGAACGCAGAGGAAUCUUCGAGAGUCGAGACUAUUGCUCCGAUAAAACCCAUCCAAACCCUAGCGUGAGGCUUUUCGAUCGAACUGAGAAAAGAUGAAGAUAGCAAUAGAAGGAUGCAUGCAUGGCGAUUUAGACAAUGUCUACAAAACCCUUCAACACCUCGAGAAAACUAAUAACACCAAAAUCGAUCUUCUUCUCUGUUGCGGCGAUUUUCAGGCCGUGAGGAACAAGAAUGAUUUGAAAAGCCUCAACGUACCAGACAAAUUCCUCUCUAUGAAUUCCUUCUGGAAAUACUAUUCUGGCUUGGAGGUUGCUCCUUAUCCUACUAUCUUCAUCGGUGGCAAUCAUGAAGCUUCUAAUUAUCUAUGGGAACUGUACUAUGGAGGAUGGGCUGCACCUAAUAUUUUCUUUUUGGGAGCUGCUGGUGUGGUCAAGUUUGGGAAUAUACGAAUUGGUGGACUCUCUGGAAUUUAUAAGCAUCACGAUUAUAAAUUAGGACACUUUGAGAGGCCUCCGUAUAAUCAUAAUACCAUCAAGUCUGUGUAUCAUGUCCGUGAAUAUGACGUUCGCAAACUCAUUCAAGUUAAGGAACCCAUCGAUAUUUUUCUCUCACACGAUUGGCCAGUGAGAAUCACUGAUCAUGGGGAUUGGGAGCAGCUUGUACGCCGGAAGCCUUACUUCCAGCAAGAGAUAGAGGAAAAAAGACUUGGGAGUAAAGCUGCUGCUCAACUUCUAGAAAAAUUGAAACCACAAUACUGGUUUUCGGCACACUUACACUGUAGAUUUGCUGCUCUUGUUCAACAUGGGGAAGGAGGUCCUGUGACAAAAUUCCUAGCACUUGAUAAAUGUCUUCCCGGGCGUGAUUUCUUACAGGUUGUUGAAAUUGAAUCAGAGCCAGGACCUUAUGAGAUUCAGUAUGAUGAAGAAUGGUUAGCAAUAACACGGAAUCUCAACUAUGUAUUCCCUUUGACACCCAAAGCUGCAGAUUUUCGAGGUGUAAACUUUGAGAUGGAAGAUUGUCGCAAAUGGGUUAAAAGCAAGCUACAAGAGAGGGGUUGUAAACCUCCUGAAUUUGUUAGAACGGUUCCAUGUUAUGAUCCUUCUCAAGCCGAUGUUAACGGGGAUUCUUCUGUGAAUCCUCGGAAUCCCCAGACAGAAUAUCUUUUGCGACUUCUGGAACUUCCAUAUCUUCUUGAUAGAAAUUCUGAAGGAAAGGACGUGUCACCUUAUUCUUCUUUAAUUCCAAGAGGCCCUGCUGAUAAUAAUAGCGAGGACAUUCCCAUUGAUGAUGUGGAUGAUGACGAUGAUGAGGGGCUCCCAACUGAGACUACAAGAGUAGUACAAAAAACACCCUGCACACUCCAGGCACUGUUUUUGAAUCCUAAAAAAAGGACUAAACGCUUGGUUCCCAUGGAGACAACAAAAUCAAUGUUUCUUUUCAUAGCAGUUUCUAUCUUGUUUGUUUCCUCUGUAACUGCUAAUCUUGCUUUCGACUUCUAUGCUGCUUCAUGUCCAACAGCAGAGUUAUUCAUAAGAAAUGCAGUCAGUACAUCCUCUUCAAAUGAUCCUUCCAUUCCUGGAAAGCUCCUUCGCAUGGUUUUCCAUGAUUGCUUCGUAGAGGGAUGUGAUGCAUCUUUGAUGCUACAAGGGAAUAAUACAGAACAAAGUGAUCCAGGAAACAGAUCUGUUGGUGGAUUUUCUGUUAUAGAAACAGCGAAAAGAGUUCUUGAGAUGUUCUGCCCAGGAACUGUUUCUUGUGCAGACAUAAUUGCUCUAGCAGCUAGAGAUGCAGUUGAAAUUGCUGGUGGACCAAGGGUUCAGAUUCCUACAGGUAGGAGAGAUGGAAUGGUUUCAAUUGCUUCAAAUGUUAGACCCAACAUUGUGGACACUAGUUUUACUAUGGACGAGAUGCUUAAGCUCUUUUCCAGUAAAGGAUUGUCCUUACUUGAUCUUGUGGUUCUUUCAGGGGCUCAUACAAUAGGAACAGCUCAUUGCAAUACAUUCAGGGGUCGUUUCCAACAAGACAGAAAUGGAAGUCUUAGGCUCAUUGACCAAACCAUUGAUACUAAUUAUGCUGAUCAGCUAAUAAAACAGUGUCCAAUAAAUGCACAACCAUCCGUGGCAGUGAACAUCGAUCCUGAAACAUCUAUGCUAUUUGACAACCAAUACUACAGAAAUCUUCUUGAUCGCAAAGUUCUGUUCCAGUCUGAUUCGGUUUUGAUGAACAAUGAUGACACGAGGAAACUAGUGGAGGAUUUUGCAAAUGAUCAAGAACUUUUCUUUGACAAUUGGGGUGUGUCGUUCGUAAAGCUAACCAGUAUUGGGGUAAAAACUGACGAGGAGGGUGAAAUUCGACGUUCUUGUGCUGCAACUAAUAUUGUAUAAAAGAAUAAAAAUGGUGCAGCAUCAAAGGUUAUGAAAAAUAUCCUUUGUACAUGAUUUUGUUUGUCUUGUUACCUUGUCAAUUCUUUGAUGUUAUCUUGUCUAUUCAUAGUGGCCUAGUUUGACCAAUAUAAAAUCUUGCAACAUGAUAAUGAGUCAUGCUAUUUUUUAUUACUAA